CUUUUUUUCUCAUAGUGCCAAAACCAAUUGAGCAAUGGCCAGGCUCCGCCGUCGCCGGAUGCUUUCCUCCGGCAGUAGACAUGAAUUCUUCAAGAUCUUUUUGCAACAAUUUAGCUCCCAGCGAAUGCGGAUACCACCGGCAUUCAUUCAGCACUUCGAUGGGAACAUACCAAACACGGCUCUUCUGAAGGAUCAUGGUGGAAGGUGUUGUGAGGUGGAGGUGGAAGAAGAUGAUAAUGGUGUGUUCAUGAGCAAUGGCUGGGAGGGCUUUGUGAAUGAUCACACAAUAGAACAGGGGGACUUCUUAAUUUUCAGAUACGAUGGGAAAUCUACGUUUGAUGUCAAAAUAUUCGGUAAAAAUGGAUGCCAGAAAUGCCAGAAAGAAGAAGAAGUGCUGGCUAUUGAUAAGUUUGGCCCCCCAGUUUGCGUGAAGGAGGGAGAGCUGACGAAUGAAGCUGAGCAGACUUGUCAGACUCCCCCUCUUAUUUGCAAAAAAGAGCUGUCACAACCGGCCCAAAUAACUGAACACUCAGAUUCACGUGGGCUUCAUUAUCGAGAUCAAUCAAAGAGAAUUGCUUCAGCAAAGUUGGAAAUUCACAGGUUGUUUGAUUCCUUGGGAGCUGACUUACCAAAGAACCCUUGUUUCCUUGCUUCUGUGGGGAUGCGGUAUAUUCUGAACAUUCCAAGAUUGGUGGUGUUGACAAAUCGUAUUAAAUUAAAUGAUGAGCUGGUAAUUCGGAAUUGGAAGGGAAGGUGGCAGGUCGGUGUGAUUUUCAAGAAGGAACGUAUAUCUGUGACUACGGGGUGGGUGAAGUUUUGGAGGGACAACAAGCUGAGCCGAAAAGAUCAUUGUGUUUUUGAGUUUGUGGUUGGCAGAGGAGGGUCUUGCAAGGAGUUAAGGGCGCAUAUUUUCUAUGCAGGUGCAGGAGCAAGGGCAAAGGUUCUAAAGCCCCAUGGACAUCGAGCUGUGAAAAGGCCUUGAUUAGCUCUCCCUCUCUCUCUCUCUCUCUCUCUCUCUCUCUCUCUCUCUCUCUCUCUCUCUCUCAUGCAGGCACUAAAUCCAAGCUCUGAUGUUCAUUUGUCUUGACAGAGUACAGGUUUUUUUGUAAUCUUCCUGUUAAGUUUGGUUGAUUUCUCUGAAAUUUUUGCCAGCCAAACUGGAGGAGAUUAAAAAAAAUUGUUGAUGAAUGAACCAACAUUUGGUGCAAUAGAAUGGAAUAAGAUUAG